CUCUCUCUCUCUCUCUGACGGCUAUCCCACAAUCCAUCUCCAUCCGCCAUCUUUGCAUUAUUUCCAAUUUAUUUUCUGUCAGGGGCUCUGAUGAAGAUAUUUUUCUCUGGAGUCUCCGUCUUUCCGCUCCAGAUGUGACCGACUAUGUCUCGCCGCAAGCAAGGCAACCCUCAGCAUUUAAGUAAAAGGGAAUUUUCGCAGGCUAACCAUGUGGAGGCGGCAAGCACGGACGAGGAGGAUGCGGCCAUCGCUGGCCCCGGUGACGGAGACCGCGACCUGCUGACCUGCGGCCAGUGCCAGGCUCACUUCCCCCUGGCCGACAUCCUUGUCUUCAUCGAACACAAGAGGAAGCAGUGCAACGCGGCGGCCGUCUGCUUUGACAAGGCAGUGGAUAAACGUAGUCCCUCGCCCCCUCACCCGGAGCCCAGGAGGGUGUCUGAACCCGUCGAAAUUGGCAUCCAAGUCACCCCUGAGGAAGAUGACCGUCUGCUAACACCUACGAAAGGAAUUUGCCCCAAGCAGGAAAACCUUGCGGGAGGUAAAGAUGAGCCUUCAAGCUACAUUUGCACAACAUGCAAGCAGCCUUUCACGAGCGCCUGGUUCCUGCUCCAACACGCACAGAAUACACACGGAUUCCGCAUUUACUUGGAGACGCACCCGUCCAACAGCCCCCUCACUCCUCGGAUCGGCCUUCCUCCCUCCCUGGGCCCAGACCCCAUCUCGCAGUCGCCUCUCACCAACUUCCUGGGUGAGAACAACCCUUUCAACCUGCUGCGGAUGACGGGGCCCAUCCUGCAGGAGCAUCCGGGCUUCGGCGAUGGACGCCUCCCCAACACCCCCCCCAUCUUCAGCCCUCCCCCUCGGCAUCACCUAGACCCCCAUCGCUUGGACCGCCUUAGUGCCGAUGAAAUGGGCUUGGUAUCUCAGCAUCACAGUGCCUUCGACAGAGUAAUGCGCUUAAACCAUCCGCUGGGCAUGGAGUCUCAGACCAUGGACUUCUCCAGGAGGCUCCGGGAACUGGCAGGGAACAGCAGUUCCACUCCGCCCCUGUCGCCCAGUCGUCACAAUCCUAUGCACCGUCUGCUCCAACCCUUCCAGCCCAGCCCCAAGUCGCCCUUCCUGAGCACCCCGCCGCUGCCUCCCAUGCCUCCCAGCAGCACCACGCCGCCGCAGUCGCAAGCCAAGACCAAGUCCUGUGAGUUCUGCGGCAAGACCUUCAAGUUCCAGAGCAACCUGAUCGUCCACCGGCGCAGCCACACAGGGGAGAAGCCGUACAAGUGUCAGCUGUGCGACCACGCUUGCUCACAGGCCAGCAAGCUGAAGCGGCACAUGAAGACGCACAUACACAAGAGCGCCUCGGUGACGGGCAGGUCGGACGAUGGCCUGUCCACCACCAGCUCCCCCGAGCCCGGCACCAGCGAGCACGCCGGUGCCGAGGGCUGCGGCCUCAAGGGCGGCGCCACCAACUUCAACGCCGGCCUCCUGAACGAGAACGAGGAGGAGGAAGAGGAGGAGGAGGAGGAGGAGGAGGAGGAGCUGGAGAACGAGAGCAGGCCGGAGUCCAGCUUCAGCAUGGACUCCGAGCUGAGCCGCAACAGGGAGAACGGCUUCAAGCUGCCGGUGAACGAGAAGCACUGCGUCCUGGGCAAGGUCAUGGAGAACGUGGGGCUGCGCGCCAUCCAGCAUUACAGCGACGUGCUCACGGACAAGCAGAAGCGCAACAUCUUCUCCAAGCGGUCGUCAGACGGUCAGAGGGACACCGGGGACGAAGACUCCGUCGCCGGGGAGCUGGACCGUCCGGAAGACGGGACGGUGAACGGGCGCGGCUUCGGUCCCGGUGAGUCUUUCCCCAUCAUGGUGCCUCGAAAACCUCCCCUAAUCACCAGCCCCUCUCCGUCCGUCGCCUCCGCCAAGAGAAUCAAGAUGGAGAAGGACCUGGACUUGUCCUCGGCGCCUUUAAUCCCCUCCGAGAAUGUUUACUCCCAGUGGCUGGUGGGUUACGCGGCAUCCAGGCACUUCAUGAAAGACCCCUUCCUGGGGUUCGGCGACUCCAGACAAUCUCCCUUCGCCACUUCUUCAGAGCACUCCUCGGAGAACGGCAGCCUGAGGUUCUCCACCCCUCCCGGGGACAUGCUGGAUGGGGGUCUAUCCGGUCGCAGUGGUACUGCCAGCAGCGGCAGCACCCCACACAUGGGAGGUCCCGGCCCGGGGAGGCCAAGCUCCAAGGAAGGACGCCGGAGUGACACGUGCGAGUACUGCGGCAAAGUGUUCAAAAACUGCAGCAACUUGACAGUGCACCGUAGGAGCCACACGGGCGAACGGCCUUACAAAUGCGAGCUCUGCAACUAUGCAUGCGCCCAGAGCAGCAAGCUGACACGCCACAUGAAAACGCACGGCCAGAUUGGCAAGGAGGUUUACAGGUGCGACAUUUGUCAAAUGCCCUUCAGCGUUUACAGCACCCUUGAGAAACACAUGAAAAAAUGGCACGGAGAACACUUACUGACGAGCGACGUUAAAAUCGAACAAGCAGAAAGAAGCUAAAGCUCCUUGAAGUAAAAGAGACUUGGUUUUAAAACAAAAAAAAACACACACACAAAAAAAAAUUCAAUUGUAAAGCUUAAUUAAUUGCCAACUGAGAAAGUCGGCCCAGAGUGCCUCCUGUGGCACUUAAUUUUCAAGGUAUAAUUUGUGUCUGAGAAGCUCAAUCAAACCUGAGGGUGAUGUAGAGGCAGUAAAAUAAUGUUGAGCCUUUUCCACUGUGCAAUAAUUUCUGUAUUUAUUGUUUUGUUUUAAUAUUUUUUCAAGCAUCAUGUGCAGGUACUUUUUUUCUUUUAUUUUUGUUGUUUGAAACUUUUGUUUUUUUUAGGGUAUCCCUUUUGAUUUUACCCUCUUUUUUAAGGAAAAAAACGGAAACCUGAGAUUACUUGCAUUUUGAGGUGCAGAUCCGUCAAAAUAACCCUUCUCUGGGGCCGCUGCUUAUUUGGAAUUGAAUAGUUAACACAGUAAUUUCUUGGAUAGAAGCCGCGUUUGUUGAUUCCUUUAAUUUCUUUUUCAUCGGGGGUCAAGGAGGGGUUGGUUGGGAUGAGACAGAUUGGAUUUGCACAAAAAAAAUAUAUUUUUAAUUUGUUUCUGUUUUAAAGAAAAGGGGAGAGCCACAGCGGAUCACAAUCCUAAUCGUAGCACUUAACUAGUUUUUUAUCGCAAACUGGGUUCGAAAUGUAGCACUGAUCUUACCAGUCACUGGAGUCUGGAACUGCCGUUGUCAAUUUUCGUCAGUGACCCCCCUGGCUAAAACUAAUAGAGUUUGUGACGAUUAAAGAAAGAAAAGGAGCAGACAGAUGAGAGAGGCAAUUUACUAUCUAGUGCCCAGUGAUACCGGCCAGAAACUUAACCUAAGCAAUAACGGUCUUUUAGUUUGUGUUACUAAUUAGUGAGUAAAAUGCACAGUGAACGUGAACCAAGCAAAGUCAAAAGUGCAUUAUUGCCAACGCCUACCAAAACAUCUGUGCUUGAUUGUAUGCGAUAUGCAUUAUUGCAGAAAUGCACAGGUGUCUUGCCAACAGGAGUGGAUGGUCUUUGGCCAUUGUGUUUUAAAGAGCUAAAUUUGUACCUGAGAUAUUUCCUUUUUUUGAACCCGCACCUUAACAUAUUUGUUUUUUUAAUUAUAGAAACUGCGACUUCUGAACAAGAAAAACUAUGGGAAAUCUAUGGUCCAAAAAGGGUUAUGAUAUACAUUAGGGAACAACUGAGAUUAAAGUGUCAGUGUUGCUUAGCGUAGCAUUCACAAUGCUGGCACUAUAUAAAAAAAAAGUUAAUGUCAGUUGACAGUUUUUAUACUGCCAUUCAAUUUGACAUGAGUGCCUUGAAUAUUUGAUCUUCCUAAUGAGUCUCUGAGACAAAUGCAAAACCACUUUUUGUGAAGUUUAAAAAAAAAGUACUGAUUUGAAGAAGAGAGGAAAAAAAAUCACACAACAAAGAGAAAGAUGUACGUCAUUAGAUUCUAGAGUUCUACACGCACCAACAAUCCAGAAUUUAUAGACAAACAAAAUAAAACAAUCAGCGGACCUUCACGCCAGUCGCUACAAGUUGGUGAAGAUGUGACAGCAUCCCUAACCCCCAGUUAACCCAACCCCCACCCCACCCAGCUAAUCAACUUCGGAAACUGGUCUGCCGAUCUAUGCUCAUCAUUUGACACUGCAGGACGCUGCUUAAACUGUGGGAACCCCACUGUAGCAAGGCUCAAUAGUAAAAUAAAAGAUGCCUCCAGAAUCCCAACAAGAACAUAAAGACAGUUACUCAUCAGGAACAAUGGCUACUCCUUAUUUUUUUUUGGUUCUGAACAGAAUUUAGUGCACUCAGUCUCGAAUAAGUUUACAGUAUUGAAUAUCUACAAGAGUGGAAAAAAAAACAAAAAAAAUAUUGUGUGUGCGUGCGUGCGUGUUUGUUGAAUGAUCAAGAGGUUUUUUUUUCCGAAGUUUGCUUAGUAAAUACAUGGGUGCCAUUAUGGCCAUGUGUAUAUUGGUUCUCUGAUUCAACUGGUGACGGGGUUUAAUAUAUAUAUUACAGUUUCUUGAUCACUGUAAAAGUGUACCAGUAUUUGUAAUAAUGGAGAAUGCCUGGGCAUUUUACAAAAUGGAGAGAAAAAAAACAAAAAAAUUUUUUUUUUCAAAAAUGGAAAUUGUUGCAGUAAAUUUGUGGGUCUAAAAUUGUUCUUGUCACUGUAAUUGUAAAGUCUAAUUGACUAUCAGUUUUAGUAGACUUUUUUGCCUUGAGUGUUUUAUCUUUUUUCAAAAAUUGUAUAGAACUUGUAUUGGGAAGAACGAUUACUGCUACCAUAUGUAGGCAAGAAAAAAAAAAUAGUAGAAAAGUGCAUAUUCAUGUAAUUGCUUUGCUUAAAUCACAUUCCUGACCUGUACUUUUUCCCUCUGUUUCUCUGGAAUGGUUACUUGGUAUUGGUUCAUAAUAGUGUAGGCACUUGCUGUAUUUAUACAGGAGCUUGUAUUUUUUAACUGUUUGCUUGUCCUUUUAAAGGUACAACAAAAAGAAAAGUACCUUUUUUUUUGGUAGUGGAUUAGAAGAAAAAAACACACAGGCUGCCAUAAUAUAUUUUUUUAAUUUUGGCAGGAUAAAAAUAGUGCAAAAAUAAUUUGUAUGUUCUGAAAUCUUAUUGUACAGGAGAAAAAAAGGUCGUGUAACGACCUUUUGUUUAAAAAAAUACAAAAAGGAAUUAGGAAAUGCAUUGCUGGUCACUGAUAAUUUGAUUUUCAGUUGUACAGUUCCCACUUACCCACCACCACCCAGCUUUCCACCCUGUUGGAUAUGCAUGGUUUACAGUUUUCCCAGUCUGUUUUGAGUUUUUUUUUGUGAUUUGCUGCCUUCACUCUCCCUGUUCGCACAGACUCUGUUUCGAUCCGUUGUGGUCAGAGUUAGAUCAAUGUAAAUCCAACUGAAUGAAGACCAAAACAUGUUGUAUCUCGCGCUGCUUUAAGGAUCAUUCAGUAUGUGGCAUGGAAGACAGUGGAUGAGUCAAUGUCGUGUACAUGCUGGGCAGGUGUAUGUUCACAGGGACGAGGUUUCCUUAGGUUGGAUGCAUUUCUGCCUUUUAUUUGUUUUGUAAAAUAUAUGGACAUUUCUUCCUCAAAGAAAAAUCAAUGAUUAACAUUGAUUUAUGCAGUAUUAGAAACCACUAGAUGUCACUAAUGCUAGAGACUAUCAGUGGAAGUGAAUAUAUACUGCAUUUCCCAACAGUGGACCUACCUUUAAUAGUUCUGUAUUUUUCUUUUCUUGUCCCUGACGCAUCCAUGUUGCGCGCAUGGCACUGUUUAGUCCAACGUUUCCGUGGGGAUUUGGGUUUUGGGCCUCCUUGAUCUGCUGCUGUGUAAAACCGAUGAGGCAGGUACAAGUAUAUGUUGAUCUAAGCUGCCAUUUGGUUUCUUGUGUUAACAGGAUCAUUCACUCCUAAUUUCACAUUCCACAGUUCCUCAAUAUUUGUAAUGAUAAUAGCAAAGAGGUGGGAUGAAACCGUUUGUAUUUUGACACUUUGAAAUUUGCACUAAAAACAGGGACACAAACCAUUCUGAGCAAGUAAUUGGUACAUUACAGAAAUGUAAUAUUUCAAGAUCUGAAACGUUCGUACUCCACUACCUAAAAAAUGUGAACAGCAUUUAUUAACCUCCUCUUAUUUUAAGUUGCUUAUAGUCUAAGUGACUUUAAGUGGCCAGUUCUUAGUAGGUUUGUUAGUUAGCUAUUUUAGUGCAUUUUCUGUAAAUAAAAAGUAUAAAAGCUGUCAAGAUUUCAAUGCAUAUCUGCUAUUCUGCAACUAUUGCCAUUUGGAGCUGAUUAUGUCACCUAUAGAUGGCUACAUAAUUUUACUUGAUUUUUAUUAAUACAAGGUGACACAUUGCUUAUUUGCCCCAUUUUUUGGAGGCACCUGGAAAUGGUUAUUGUUCUCAAAGAUGCCCUUGUUUCCCCUGCAAGAUCCCACCCAGCACAGGUGGAGUAAAGGUCAGCGUCGUUCCAAACCCAAAGCUAGUAUCAGCUCCUCCAUUCCUACAAGUUGCACCUCUCUUGGGUUGGGCAGCAGAAAUAAUGGUGCCAUCUUUGACACUUGGCCAAACAGCAACAGUGUUGUACUGAUCACAUUAGUGAAUUACCAUCUGUGGAUGCAACCCCUCUCUGUUCUUGGGGCUUUUGCCAUCUUCUCUGGUGCAUUGACCUAAAUUUUCCCAGCACAUUCCGGUAGUAGAGAACCUGGACUAAUUAGAGUCAGAUUGUGCCAUCUUUACAUAAUUCACCCACAGCAAAAAUACAAUCAUCUUUUGAACCUUAAAUGUCCCGUACACUGUAGUAAAAGAGAGGACUGACAGUGAUACAGUGGCUUCAAAUGGAGUUGUAUCUGUUACCUGUUCAGUUUAGCCAGGGUUUAUUUUAUUGCUAGAAAGUGGCGGUGUUUGCUUGUGGCGUCUUCAAGAGACUUCCACAGAAAAGGUUCUGGGAAAUAGGCAUUAGCUGUACAUAUAGGAAAGACAAGUGCCUCUUAUUAUGUGCUACUGAAGGGAGGCUGGGAACUGAAUGUAGCAUUGCAUUACAGAGCUGUUCCACGGCACUGCCUCCUCAGCCCCCAAAGAGAGAAGGAGGUAUUCACUGGGGGCAGUGACCAAGGGUUUGCCUGUGCGCAGACAUGGCAUACACAUGAAGGGGCAUGGCCAUACAGAAUUAGACAAACCUCCAUUAUUCGCCCAGGUUGUCACUUCUCAUCAUUGGGAAGCCGGGGAUGUGCAGUACCAAAGGAAACACCCGCUGAAAGUGUCAGAUGCCAUUACCUGGGAUUGACGACCUCUAAACCGAGCAAGGGUAAUUGCACAACGAGUUCCUGUAAAGAACUUUAAUACCUGCUUCCCUGAACUUGGCAAACUUGUUUUUUUUUAAAAAUACUGGGCUUAUUUUCUAGUCUAGAUAUCGCCCACAUCUCCAGAGGACCAUUUGACAUCAGAUCGUUUUGAGCAUCGAUGGUGCUCCUUCAACAUGGUAGUGUUUAAUUCUCCGACGUUGUUGCCCAUCACUGGUUAAUGUGUUCAGGCCAUUAGCAGUUUUUGCCCCAGUGUGUCACAAUGCAAGACUUAACUCCCCACAUUGCCCUUUACCACAAGCCUGACGACAUGAUGAACUUUCCUGUACAGAGAUGUACGAGAAACAAAACUGAUAAAACAUUCAAAGUUCAAGAACUCGUGUUUCAUCCUGCCUCUGUUAAGUACAGUCCACAGCUUGUUUUUAUCAUGACCAAACACUUUAAUGGUGCUGUUGUAUUUUUAAGAAUUGUACUUAAAAUGCAAAGCAAAUCAAUGCCACUUGAGUUGGACCUAUUUGUAAUGGCAAGGCAAAUAUUUUAUUAGCUUUUUUUCUAUUUCUGUAUUUAGAGCUUUUUAUUGUAACUUGAGAUUUGGUCUUAUACUACAGGUUUGAACUAUUUAUUAUUGCUUGUGUUGUGCUCUGUUUAAAACAGAUGCACUUUAUCCUUUUUUAUGUUGAAGUGUUGACCAGAGGUCACAUCAGCUUGGCUUUGUGAAAUAUUUAUUGUUCUGUUCUCUGUACAAAAUCAAGCCCUUUCCUAAGCCACACUGUUUUCAGCUUGUGUCUACCAUUUCAUUCAUACACUCAUCCAAAAUGUUUGUCCCAUUUUCAAGUGAAAAAAAAUAAAUCAGAAGUUAUCUUUACAAUCUUCAAACUUUUACCUUUCUGCCUAUUUUUUCCCCAUUUAAGUAUCUAAGUUCAACAGUGUAUGUUUAGCAGUUAGCAUCUGUAUAACUGAUGGUAUGACAGGUCAAGUUGAGCACAAUCGAUUCCGAGUGAGAUAAGAUAUCAGACAGCACUAGAGACGAUAAUGGAACAGUUGUGCGAUUCAUUAUGGCACCUGGCUAAGUCUUAAAGGCCCACCCAAUCCUUGGACUGGGCAAGUGAUAAUCAGUUUUGUUUUAUAGGUUAUCUGUCUGUUCGUGAUCAAAGGCAUAAUGUGACUUAUCAUUGGGGAUUAGACAGUACACCAUGUUUUUUUUAUUUUAACCAUCAUUUAAUAAAGGACCUUUUCAAGCCCAACUCAUAUCUUCUGAGUAGAAUUCAU